CUACGAGAGUUCCGCGAAGCAAAGUCUAUACAAGAACUAUACAAAUAGAUGAUGACCUACUCCAGUAUAUUGACACCUUUUCAAAAGACUCGACAAAAGAAAUACGCGAGGCACUCUAUUUUCCUCACCCUCGACCUUGUGAAAAUUCUAGUCCUCUCAUUGAUUUCGCGUAUAAACAUGUGAGAAGUACAGUAAAUGAUUGUAUGACUGUUAUCUGGGCUCGACUAUGUGAAUGGGCAGUUAUUUGUAUCAGUAUUGAUAUCUUAUAUAUCCCGAAAUUCUAUGAUUGA